GUCACUUAUUUAAGAAACUACGUAAACAACGUUUAAGGAUGUGUAGAUGUGAUUCAAAUGGUUAACUGUGGUAUUUACCAUCUUGACACGCAUCAUCUACUCCUUUACCUAACCGGAAGAACAAUAAAUUAAUAUUUAUUCAAACAAGAUUUACAACAGUUUGUAAGCUAAGAUAUAGCAAUACAAAGUGAUGGAUAAAAUGUUUUCCCUUGUGGUUUUGUUCGUUUGUGUCACAGUUGUACAUGCUGGGCAAUAUUGUAUAAAGAAAACGCAUGGGUCAAUCUUUGACAGAUCAGUGUACUGCUCAACAGCUUGUUGUGGAGAUAGAUAUAACAGAUACUGCUGUCACAGUGACAGAAAUACAGGUGGAGUCAUCGUAGGAAUUGUGCUUGGUGUAAUUGGACUUGUAGCAGUGAUAGUGUCAGUGUUGGUUGCUGUAUUCUGUUGCUGUCGAAAAACCAGAGGACAGACCGGACAAGUGUGUCAACCAGCAGGUGUUACAACAACAGUACCGGUGUAUGGUGUGCAGACUACCGCUGUAGGUUAUGGACAAGCUGGAUAUACAAAUGCUGCGUUUCCGCAACAAAUACAAACAACAAACAUGCCUGGUUCAGCAGUUAAUUCCCAGAAAUGGCAACAACCCCCACCUUCAUACAAUACUGUCGUCACAAGUUAAAUCUCAUAUGUGGGAAAAAUGGUCAUAAUAAUAAUUUCAUUGACUUCAUUUAUAGACGAUAUCAAAUUCGGCUAAAAGUCAGUCGUGCAUGCGUCAAAGAUUAAACUAUUGUACAUAACAGUGGUCAUCAGAAUUUUCAAAAUUUAUCUUCAUACUUGACAUACGUAUAUUCGUCGUCUUGUAUUUGGGCAGUGGAACUAAAAAUGCAAACUUCAAAUAGGCACUACCUAUUUACUUGGCUAUGGAGGUCCCCAACUUUCUUCCAAUAGUCGAGCUAAAAGCACAGCUUUUUAUUUGUAUUGGUUCAAUUAUUUUUCUGCGAACUUAACAAAACUUGAUUAUAAGUGAGGUUGUGAUGACGGCUGAUGAUAUCAUUUAAUUUAGUUUAUUUUGUUUGUGUAGAUUUCUAUUCCUUUUUAAAUUGAUCACGCUGCAAUAGGAGGAUAUAUAAUAAUCAAUUAAUAAUUUUCGUUUCUCAUGCAUUUUCAUGUGUUAUCUUAUUUUUUUACUAUUAAUUUUAGCUUUUAAAUAAAUGUUUUACUCCAAACUA